CUGUACGAUUGCCAAUUGCUUUGGAACAACAGCCCGGGGCCUGCAAGUUCAGCUCCUGGCAUGCUAGCCAAGAGCUGAGUCUCGAACGAUAUCUCGUAUUAAUAUCAGGGUGUUUUCCUUUUCCGCAUCGCAAACCUCGCAAAACACAAGCAAUGGCCCCUCCUCUUACGGUUCGCAAUUUGACGUCUGUCCCUAUUAGCCUCAAGCUCAUUGAAAGGUACAAUGCUCCUAAAGGCGAUAUAGUCCAUCAGGCCUCGAAGCUGGCGGGAAAUAUCACAUCUUUCACGAAUAAUUUCACAGAUCUCGUCGGUGUGAAGUUGCCUACCGGUCCCCGCAACCAGACUCUUCCCGACAACGCCCAGAGCUUUGCGCACGAAGAAGUCGAUAUUCGCAUCGACCCGUUCACAACAAAUCACACCGACAAGCACGCCACGGAGCGAAGCAACGACGAAGUCCUGCGACUGACCUUCGAAGCCGAAGGUCAGCGCUACAGAAUCGAUGUCCCGCUUCCCGUGAGGUACACGAGGGAGCUUACUCCCCUAGUACAAGAUCCCCGUCAUCAUUUCACUGCUGUCUUCGUGCCCAGCGAGACGUUCCUGAGCAUCAUCUCCUCAGCUAAUCUCAAUGAAUGGAUGAGAGAGAUGGCUGACCGCACGCCCAUCUCAGCUCUUUCAAUUCCUGGCACACACAACAGCCCCACUUGCCACCCGGCACCACCCUCCGUGCGUUGUCAGGCAGUCUCCCCGCGCGAGCAACUGGAAAAUGGCGUCCGCUUCUUUGACAUUCGUGUGCAACCCGAGAGUGAGACGGAGGUGAAUGACAAGUUGAUCCUCGUGCAUAGCGUCUUCCCAAUAUCUCUUACGGGAAACAAGUAUUUCCGCGACCUCGAGCGAGACGUGAUCAACUUCCUAGACGAGCACCGCUCAGAGACAGUCGUCUUCAGCUUGAAACGCGAAGGACCCGGCCACGCCACCGAUCAGCAUCUGAGCAAAAUCAUCAGAGACCACUACGGCAAUUCUGAUCGCUGGUGGACUGAACCACACUGGCCCAAGCUAGGUGAAGCGCGUGGAAAAAUUGUGCUCCUGCGUAGGUACGCUCUCGACGACAGCGUGAAGAAUGAGCAUGACGGCCGCGGCUACGGCAUUGAGGCGGAGAACUGGGCCGACAAGGCCGUAAAUGACCACCACGGUGCAGUCAUCGUACAGGAUUUCUACGAGGUACUUGACACUGAAAACAUUGAUUUGAAGAUCAAGUAUGCGACUGAACAUCUCGAGCGCGCUGGCUGCUGCGUAUGCCCGGAUGACGAGCAAGCGCCUCCUCCGCCAAUGUAUCUGAACUUCCUGAGCGCUAGCAACUUCUGGAAGGUAGGCUGCUGGCCAGAAAAGAUCGCCGCCAAGCUGAACCCCGCGAUCGUGAAUCAUCUGGCUAUCAAGCACAUCAUGGCAGAGAAUGGCGAUUGGGGAACUGGUGUUGUCAUUUGCGACUGGGUCGGGGACAGCGGUGACUGGGAUAUUGUGCGAUGCAUUGUUGCGAUGAACUCAAAGCUUAUGAUGAGACAGCGCCGUUGAAAAGAUGACGAUCAGUCGCCGAGUUUGGCUGACCUUUUAACUUGCUCAGAGCAAGGUAUAUAUAUGGUAGCCUUGGGUGGAUGAAAAGAAUACCGUAAAGAAGUGAGCUUUUUUCCACAAGACCACACCAGAAUAGGAUCUGAAGUUGUUCGUAUGCAAAAUCAUUUAAAAUUGAUUAAAAUACUAUUGUCUUGUGCCCGAUU